AUGAAGACCUUCAUCUUCCUUGCCCUGCUGGGAGUCGCUGCUGCUUUCCCCAUUGAUGAUGAUGACAAGAUCGUUGGGGGCUACACCUGUCAGAGGAAUUCUGUUCCCUACCAGGUGUCCCUGAACUCGGGCUAUCACUUCUGUGGCGGCUCCCUCAUCAAUUCCCAGUGGGUGGUGUCCGCAGCUCACUGCUACAAGUCCCGAAUCCAGGUGCGUCUGGGAGAACACAACAUCGCAGUCUCUGAGGGUGGUGAGCAAUUCAUCAAUUCAGCCAAGGUCAUCCGCCACCCCAGAUACAACCAAAAUACUAUCGAUAAUGAUAUCAUGCUGAUUAAACUGAGCUCUCCAGCCACCCUCAACUCUCGAGUGUCUUCUAUCUCUCUGCCAAAAUCCUGUGCGGCUGCUGGUACCCAGUGCCUCAUCUCUGGCUGGGGGAACACCCUGAGUACUGGGCAAAAGUAUCCUGAUGUCCUGCAGUGUCUUCAAGCUCCCAUCCUCUCUGACAGCACUUGCCGCAAAGCCUACCCUGGCAAAAUCACCAGCAAUAUGAUCUGUCUGGGUUACCUGCAGGGUGGAAAGGAUUCUUGUCAGGGUGAUUCUGGUGGCCCUGUGGUCUGCAACAGAGAGCUCCAGGGCAUUGUCUCCUGGGGUAUGGGCUGUGCUCAGAAAGGCAAACCUGGUGUCUACACCAAGGUCUGCAACUACGUAAGCUGGAUUCAGCAAACCAUUGCUGCCAACUAAGCAUGUAAGCAUGUGUCAUACUCUAUGUACUAUCCUCUUGGUCAAUUUCAACUUCCAACCAUGCCUGAAAACAGUAU